AUGGAUGACCGUACUGCCAAGUCCACUCACACCAGGAAUAGCAAUAAGAGGUUCCACAAUGGUGAAACAAACUCCAUUCCUAGGGACAGGGAUUUGAUGCCAUUCGACUUUGGUCCCAGCGGAAAUGGUAAAAAUUUUAAAAGAUAUGAUCACAGGUCCCACCACUCGAGCGACAAUAUAAGAAACACAGCCAGGAGGUUUGCAAAAAGAAUCGCAGAGUUAGGUGUAGACAAGUCCAACUUUGCAACAAAUGCCCAAAAUAGUAACGAAUCCACUAGUGAUAAAAGACCCGAAUAUUUGGAAGAUGGAAUUUGGUAUGGGUAUCUUUAUGGGAAGCCCGGCUUUAAAAAGGGUUUAAUGAUAUCAGAAAUGCAAGAUGGAGUAAUUGAAUGCCCAGAAGAUUAUGACACAUUCCAGGUGUAUUCUAACACGAGCAAUUAUCGAAUUGUAGAUAUGUCUGUGUGUAAGUGUACAUGCCCAAAUAACAAAGAACUAUGUUCGCAUUUGAUUGGCGUUGCAUUAUUCUACAGAUUCAAGAGAAACUAUAUCGGGAAGGUUGCCGUAUUCUUCUCAGUUGAACAGUAUUUUAAGCUUUCUCAACGCAAUCUUGUCUCUCCAGAAUCCGAGCUGGAUAUCGUCAAAAAUGUGAUAGGUCAUCUCAACGACACAUUCAAAUCAAGGCACAAUGCUGGUCUGUAUAGUAUUUCCCUGGAACUAUUAGUUGGUAUCCUGUAUCGGUGUUAUCAGAAAAAUAAUGAAUCCCUCCCAUCUAUCGUCCCUUUAUCCAAGGAGGAUGUUACUUCUUUAAAUAAGCUUGACAUGGAUGCUGAGAGCCUAGUAAAAGAACAAACAGAAUGUGGUUUAAAUGAAGUUUCGAAUACAACAGUCAAAUGUAGUUCUUAUAGGGAUGUCUUUAACAUUAAAGAUAUACUUUAUAAUCUAAUUCACGUAGUGAAUAAAUUCUGCGGGGAAUUUGAAGAUUCAAGCAAAGAGUUAGUCUUAAAUAGUCUGAUUAGGAUGCUUGAAAAUCGGUUUUCAUUUAAAAUAACCAAUGAGGCCAAGCUCUAUAUUUCGGAAAUUGUAGAUGAAUACCAUGAAACUAGUAGUUUAAAGCUGGAUCCAAUGGUAUCAAAUAUAUUUUACUUUACUGAUGUAUAUUCCCUGUGUUUUGAUUACAUUCCUGCCUCCGGUGGUAAGAAGGGAGUUUUCCUGAGCAAUGCAAAAUAUUCUUCACAACUAGACUCUGCAACCGAGUUAAUAGAGAAUGCCCCGCUUUUAUUAAAUUUAUAUGACUAUACAAUGUGGAAUUAUGUAUACGAAGACUGUUUAGGACCCUUACCAAAUUUUUUACUUAAUGAAAAAAUAAAGUUUUUUGGAAGUUAUUCCUUUCUGUAUAUUCACGAUCGAUCUGUAGUAAAGAUUAAAUCACCCGAUUGCUACAUUAGUGAUUUGGUCAUAGUUCAAGAAAUCACAGAUGGAUUCGAUAAUUUUGAUGCCAUAAAAGUUUUGUCAGCAUUUAUUACACUCCUACUUAAAAAGAGGAGCAUGAUGCAUCUUCCUGAUUUUUCACUGGUAAAAAGAACUAUGGAUAAAAAAUUCGAGGAAAAGACCCAAAGAAUGAAUGAUUUUCUCUUUUUAAUGUUUCUUCUGGUUCCCUCUCCAAUUCUUCUACCAUUCACCAAGUUGUUUUUGCUUGAUUCACAGAUAUUAACGGCUAAUAGUAUAAACAAUUUUUUCAGCUAUUUUAACUCACUAUAUGAUCAAUCACUUUAUAGGUUUUAUCCUUUUACAAAAUUCAUUAGUCCAUUCACAUGCAUAAAUAAUAUCCUGAAAUUAUCUGCAGAAUUUGGCUUGGAUUAUAUAACAUCCGUUUUAACUUUAUUAGUACCUAGGAUUAAGAAUAGGCAAAUUGAAUGUCUGACAACUGAAAAGAGAGUAGUUAUAUCAGAGAAGAUAGUAAGCAAUCUAAAAGAUGAAGAAAUCAUGACUGAACCUGAUACUAGGAACUAUUAUGCUGAAAAUGCUAGUGGAAGACAAUUAAUUGAAGAAAUAAGGGUCAAAGAAUUUGGAAUUGGUUUGGUAGAAAGCAACAUAGAUGAAAGAUUAAAAUCAGUUUUGAACAAGCAACGUGAUCGCAUAUCCAGAGCUGUAAAGAGGUUGUCAGAAGACCUGUAUAACAGUAGAACACAGUUACAGUUGGAAUUGAUACAAAAUGCAGAUGACAACUGCUACAGCGUGAAUGGAGCUACAGAGCCUUUCAUAUCAUUUUUCUUGGAUUAUGAAUCUGUUGUUAUGUUGAAUAACGAAGAUGGCUUUAUGGAAAAGGACAUACGUUCAAUUUGUGAUAUUGGUUCAAGCAGCAAAGUUUUAAAAACGGGAAAAACCGGCAAAUUUGGUAUUGGAUUCAAAUCGGUCUUUAUCCUUACGAGCAAUCCGCAUAUUUUUUCUAACGGUUAUAGCUUUAUGUUUUCAAAUGAUCCGUCAUUUAAGGAUAAUAUAGAAUAUAUUCUUCCACAUUGGGUUGAAUUAUCUGACUCUAGUCCAAUAGAUUAUGUGAAAUAUAAAUUGGGUUCAGAAUCUAGACUACCAUUCACCACUUACUCUAAUAAGAUCCUAGCGAAAUCCAGAGGUAAAAGGCUAACAUUAAUGUAUUUUCCGUUGAAAGACGAGUAUAUAACGAACGAGUACUAUAAAAAGUAUUACCAGAUAUUCCAAAUGUUAGAUCUGGAGUCUAUUCUUUUUCUAAGAAAUAUAUCUACUGUACAUUUUUACAACAACGUCGAUGGAGUUGAAACACUGAUGAAUAAAAAAUUAAUGGGAACAUUCCUUGUCGACAAAAGUGAUUGUGAAAUAGACAUUGAUAACUUUAAAUUAGUUCAUCUAAAUCUUGAAAGGAAAAAUAUUCAUUCGUUGGAUAUUGUUGAUUCAGUUCAUCUGGAGGUACUUGUUGUUAACUAUAGUUUUAAACUGACUGCUGAAGAGUCAACAAUGCUAUCAACUUCAAAAGCUGGUAACAAUUCUUCACUAAUAUCAAUCGCUCUGCCAGUUUCACCAGAAAUUCCUGAAAAUACAAGGUACAAGCUCUACAAUUCUUUGCCAAUAGGCGAAUAUGGAUUAAACUUUAUGGUUAACGCCGAUUUUGUCUUGUCUGCCAAUAGGCAAAAUUUGUUUACCACAGAUCCAUGGAAUGAGAUUAUCGCGUCCAAAAUGUGCGAUGUCUAUGUUGGUAUCAUUGAAAUAAUAAAAUAUAAUUACUCAAAAAUGAGUAUUUUAUACAAUGGAUUUGUAUACUCUAUUCCAAGACAAGAUGACGGUAUUAGUCUUUUUAAGUAUAGCUGUAACCGGAUUUUCUCAAAACUUCUUAACAUAAAAUGGGUGUUGGUUGACGAAGUUGACGAAUUUGUGGAGCCUUUCAAGGCCAUUUUCGUCUGCUCUGAGUUCCCAGAUGAUUUUUCAAACACAGAAGUCAUGUUUUCAAAGUUGUUAAGAACCGUUGUACCAUCAAAUAUUCUUAGAAAACAUUGUGACUUUUGUUACAUCAACUCUAUUUUAUGUAGGCCUAAUCUUAAGAGUAAAUUGAUGGAAUAUGGUAUUAAAAUUAUAACAUUUGAUUUGGUAGUAGAAAUUGUUUCAUCUAUUUUAGCAAGUGUAGAUAUAAAUUCAGGGUUAUAUAACCAAGUACAAGGUAUCACUCAUAUUCUGGAGAACAUGGGAACACUAAUUUAUUUGAUGUCAUUAUUGCACGAUGGUCAGGACUUGGAAAGCCUAAAAUCUUCCCUAAUUUUUUAUAGUUCAACUGGGGAAAUGUUUUCAUUUGAUAGUAACAUAUACUAUUGUAUUAAUGACUUUGGGUUGAAUGAUAAACAAAUGAAGGUAAUAAGUCACUCCAUAUUCGAAAAUACCUUGAAUCUUGAAAACUACGAAUUUAUGGUAACAAAUUUCUUAAAGAAGUUGGGAUGUAUAGAAAUUACUGCUGAGAACUACUUUAAGAAUUUAAUCUUUAAUAAAGUAACUCUUCUUGUUGAUAGUUUUGAAAAUAAUGGUUACAGGGAUGAUUGUGAACUGUUCAGACAGAGUUUUCAGAUUAUAAAAACACUUUCUAAUAAUAACGAAGCAUGCAAGAAUUUUGAUACUGAUACUAUUUCUCUAAUCAAACGUCUUCCUAUAAAGAUUGAAUCGGGAGGCUUUACAUCACUUGGCAAUGAAUAUAUUAAAUUGUGCCCUAAGGAUGUAUUUCAUCACUCUAAUGGGUUAAACAGCAAGUUAUAUGACCAUUUUAUGGAUAUCAGAUCAUUUUAUAGUCAUUUUGAUGAUAAACGCAUUAAUCCUCUCUUUAUUUCUGAUGACUAUUUUGGAGAUAUUAGUGCAAAUUCCAUAUUAGAAUUUUUUGGUUUUAUUGGUGUUCCAACUUUUAUAAAAUAUGAUGCAAUUACUGUCCAUAUUGAUACAGAUUUGCAGAUUCAAGUCACAUCAACAACUAUUGAUCGCUCACAUGAAUACUUUUUAAAAUGGAAAGAUGAAAUUAUCAAGACUAUGGGAGUAUUUGAGGAUGAAGAAAUUACUGACUACACAUCGGAUGAAUUCUCUAAUAUUGUUAGUAUCUUAAAUCUGCUUUCAAGUGAGAAUAGUGAACAUUCAUAUUUCUUAUCAAAACUACUGUUCAAGAUUAUGGAACGUGAAAAUGGCUUAUAUCCUCAUUAUUUGAAAUCUAAAGUUUUCGUUCAGGGGCGAUGUACGGAUUUUGCUCCUUCGUUAUUUUAUUUUCAACUUAAAUUUCUUCCCUGGAUUCCUUAUGGUCAAUUCAUCUACAUGAAAGAUGAAGCAUCUACUGUUAAUUCUGAGGAUGUCCUAGGCACUUAUGACGCCAAAUUCAAGUGGAAGUUUACACAUCUUAUGAGUGCUUGUGACAAUAUAAGUUACCAUCCCUUGAUAACAAAAACUCUAGAUCCAGGGAUUAAGGGAAUCCCUAUAUCCGAUAAGGGAACCGACUUUACAUAUGUUUUAGAAAUAUUGACAGCCAUCUGCGAACAAAUCAGCAAUAAAUAUGGAUUAUAUGGGUAUAAUAAAACACUGUACAAGCACUUUUCCCAUGAAUCAUUUGAUGCACUGACUCAAUUGAAUACUGAAAAUAGUUUAUCAAUAAUAUUGGAAAUAGUCAAAAAAAUUUAUUCAGACUUACAGAAAAUGGUAAAUGAUGAUUCAAAAUAUUCUGAAAUUCUGAAGAACGCAUUUGAUAACAAGCAUCUAUUGGUUAUUAAGAAAGAAGAUGAAUUGGAGUUAACAGUUACUCACCCAAACAACAAAUUUGUUUCAAUAUACAAGACCAUAGACCAUCCAGAAUUUUCAUAUUUGUCUUGCAUAUAUGGAGGAAAUACUGAAGAAUCUGGGUCUUUGCUGAAGUUUUGGAAAACUUUGGGGGUGAGUGAUUACAUUGGUGUUGAAGGUUCUAUGGCAUUUUUGGAUCUUUUUAUUGGAGAUAAUCAGAGCUUUAAGCGGAAUAUUGCUCAAAUAUUUACAACAAUUCUGAAUUUGUAUAAAAUAACUGAGAAGGAAAUGUUUUUGAAACUGCUUUACAAUCGUCCUAUAAUUCCAGUGGUAAGAAACGUAUCCAAUGCAUUCAAAUAUUUUGAUUGUGAUGAUGAUAAACCAUUUAAUACCGAAAGUGUGGACAUACUUGUGCCUUCAGAUGGUUUGAUUACGAUAAAAACACAGGAAUCUAUUUCCGCUAUUAAAUAUUUUGGGUCGACUCCAAUACCUCUUGUUUGCAAACCCAUAUUUUCCGAUGUUGCAUUUUCGAAACAAUCUUGGAUAGACGUUUUGGAUACACUUGGAGCCAAAGAUUUUAUUUCAAACUGUAAAAUUAAAGUGCUGAAUACCGAUGCAUAUGAGGAUGUUAAUGAUAUCCCACUGAAGCUAUUUGUGUUGGUACCGAUCUUGCCAUAUGCUCAUGAAUAUCUAAAAUCUAACGAAAGUUCUUAUUAUUCAACCGAGUUUUCGGAUGAAUAUAGCUGGAAAAACUUUGAAAAAACAAUGACAAAUCUUCACAUAUACACAGCUAAUAGAGAAAUCGAUGUUUAUUAUGAGUAUAAGAAUGGUAAGGAUCACUGGACGAGCAACAAGUUUUCAAAAAAGUCUGUAUUGUACCAAGCUUCUGGAAAAGUAAAUCUACUCGUGCAUUCUAAUGUUAAAGAUAUAUCAAAUGGUGAACUUAUUUCCAUUAGAAACUUAUUUUCAACUGGGAUUAAAUGUAAAGAGAUUAUCGAUUUAAUUAAUUCAAGCGUAGGUAUGUAUAAUUCCAAUUUGAACCUUCCGCUUGAAUUUUUUAUGGAUAUCUCAUAUUUGGUAUUCUCAAAUAAUGAAGGAGAUAUACAACCAAAUUCAGAAAAUCUCUCAAAGGCCAAAUUUUUGUCAAAAUUUUUGUGUUCAGUCUACAAAAUGGUAGGGAAAAAUCCAGAUGAGAUUCAGGCAUUCUUAUCAAUUUUUUGUAGCUCAGAAAAUGAGAGCUGUAACUGUAAUGUUGAAUGUAGUUCCAACUUUAGCGGCUAUGGAGUCCAUUUGGGGAAGGGGAUAAACUGUGACAACAAUAAAUUGGACCCAUUCACACUUGCCACUUUGAGAUCAAUUUAUUUUAGAGUUAGUUCUGUACCAACGGAAAAUUGUAAUGUUAAUUAUAUCCAAAGUUCUUCUGACAUAACUGAUGCUGAAUCUUGUAAAGUGACUCUGGAUAGUACAGAUUCUCCUUUCAGAAACAGGGCGUAUUCACCAGAUUUUAACCGUAAUGAGUCCCAUUCUUCUGAAGAUGCUGUUUUCGAACAUAUCGAUACAACCAAAUUCAUGCUUCACGAAGACAGAGAGCUCGCAACUGACCAAUUCGUUUUUGAGAAUGAAUCAAGUAUGAAUAAACGUAAAUCAACGGGAAAGGUUGGAGAAGAGCUGGUGUAUGAGAUUCUCAAGCAAAUUUACGAGGAAGAGAUAGAGCUAAAAACUUGUAAUAUACAUUGGCAUAACAAGCUGGAAGAAAGUGGAUUCCCGUUUGAUAUAACAAUCGCAAGACCUAACCAGGAAACUUAUGUAGAGGUGAAAAGCAGUACCAGUGUCACAAAAACAGCCUUUGAAAUAAGCUACAAUGAAUGGCUGUUCGCACAAACAAAGGGCGUAAACUACGAGAUCUACAGAGUAUCAGGAGUCGGAACAAAGGACUUGAAGAUCUCUAGAAUUAUCAAUCCCUACUUGCAGUGGAAGACUGGCAAAUUGGGAUUUUGUCUAGCUCUCUAA